UUAGCUGUUGCCAAUGUGUUCACAACGGUGGACCCUCUUUUGGGCUUUUUACAGCGAUUGUCUUCAUUUUUCGCUCAAUCUAGUAUGGAAAGUAGACAACAAUGGCUUACCAGGCUGAAAAAUGAACUUAGCAACAGUCCUCUGGUAUCAAAUGUGGCUUUUGGCUUUAUCCUCAUGGGACUAGAGAAGCUGGUGGAGCUGGAGUUUGAGUGUCCUUGCAACCCUACAUGGAACGGAGUAUUUUCAUCAGCAUUCUUCAUAAUUCCUGCCGUCAUGGCCUUCACCUUGAUGCUGAUCAUUCAAGGAUGCAGAUGUGAUAUGUGGUGCCGGAAACCUGUUACCCUCUCCAGUUUCGUUCCUGCUAUCGUGUGGCUGAUUUUGUUGUUCCUCGAUGGCCAAUACUUUGCUUGUGCUAUGACAGACUGGGAGGGUAGAUUUGUACUAGUUGACAAGGCAGCUCCGCAGAAGUGGUGUGAGCCAAUUAGUGAGGGAGAUGUCACCCCACAAGAGCUAAUGCUCCGCUCACAGCAGCUGUUUGUUUUUUCUCAGGUUAUAGGCAUAAUCCUGCUCAUUUUCAUCUGUGUGGGUCUCGUAGUGUAUGUAAUCAGAGAAAGCUGCGAACAAGAGGUGGAGAUGGAGGAUGCAGAUGUAGCCGAGCUCACUGUGCUCAGGAUGAGUUCUCUGCGGACCAGGACAUCGUGAGAGGACUUACACCGCCCACCACACCUGCCCUGCUGGCAUGGACACUUUGUAAAUACCCUGAACAGACUUUACUAUGACUUUUAUAUAACUAUUGUCAAUAAGUGUUGUUUCAAAGUAUUUCCCUAAACUAAUUGGACAUAGGUCUGUGAAUGGGCAGUGAUGCUGCCCUAUGAAGUUUCCGUAAAUAUGAGUAUUAUUGAGAACAGUCUUUCUAUUUUUUUUCUGUAUUACCAUUGAAAAUGUAACCAGUCUUGUGUCUGUGUUCAACUCAUACUUGUGCAGCGACUUAUUCCUUUUUACCUGUCUUCUAAGGAAUAGUUUGAUGUUUUGGGGAAAUAUGCUUGUUUGCUUUUUGGGUUAGAGGAGAAGAUCGAUACCACUCUUCAGUAAAUAUGAAGCUACAGACAGCAGCCGGUUAGCUUAGUUUAGCAUGGAAGGACUGGAAAUAGGGGGAAACAGCCAGCCUGGCUCAGUCCAAAGGUAACACAAUGCUUGCUAGCACCUCUAAAGGUCACUAAUUCAUCCGUUAUAUCUCGUAAGUUUGAGCCGUACAAGUGUAAAAACAAUCAUUUGCUUUUUGACAAGGGGUUAUGUGCUGGACUAUUUCUUGCAUGAGAGCAGUUGCCAGGCAACCAGUGGAGACUCUAGGAAAUUACUGCAAGAAAUAGUCCGGCAUAUAACCCUCUAUAAAACAGGGAAUUAUAUUGUUCCCCCUAUUUGCAUGCAUUAUGCCAUCUGACCGGCUGCUGACUCCAGUUUCAUAUUUACCGGACAGACAUAGGAGUGGUAUUGAUCUUCCCAUCUAAGUCUCAGUAAGAAAGCAAAUAAGCAUAUUUCCCAAAAUGUCAAACUAUUCAUUUAAAGUGAUAUUUCACUUUGGCACAUUUUAUGUGUUUAUUCGACAUGAAUUGUGAGCCAGCAGCUCUGAGAAACUCAGUUAGUACUGCUCUCUCCCUUUCAACUUUUUAUUCCUUGAAAAUAGCAUUUCAGUUUUUUUAAUCUGAAAGUUUUUUCGUGCCUUUUGUAUUAGUUUUAUUCACACAAGUGGAAUCCACCAGGCAGCUAAUAUUGAUCUGACUAAUAUUAGUUGACUUGUACUAUUGUUUGAGAUGUGUGUGCCAAAAAUGAAAAUGUUCCAUCAAGGUGAAAUUUCACUUAAAAUAAUUUUGUUUUCCCUCCUGGGUUGUGUCAAGGAGUCUCCAGAGUUAUGGAGGGUCGGACCCCCGUCAUUUCUAAUCCUACCUAACAGUGACGAUUCAGACUGAAUUGAUAUUCCUAAUGAUUUACCUGUUUGACAGCUAGAGAUGUAAAAUCAUGUACAUUUUGAUUUGUAUCAUGGCUGCAACCAGCCAAUAGCAGCAUGUAGAAACAAAUUCUGUAACAGAAUCUGCAGUAAGUUUUUUAUUAUUAUUUUGUAAUAAAAGAAUUUAUUUAUUUAAGAAAAACCCUCAGGGAUUUUGUACAGUCAUGUCAUAAUAGCAUUUAGUUAGCAGAUAGUUUCCACAAACCUGCAGUCUUGGGAAUUUGAGUUUGUCUUAAAGUGUGGUAGGUUUUACUGUAACAUCUCUAUAGCAAGUGAAUUUUACAAAUACCAAUACACUGUGGGACAGAACAUGAUCAUUUGAAUUACAAAUACUGUGGUUUUGUCAUUCAAAGCAACACAUGGUAACAUUUGGAAUAUCCUUUCAACUUUGGGCUUAUAUUAAAUGCCAGACAUCCAAUACCUUAACACAGCUGAAACAGGGGCCCUUUGCAAAAAAAAGAACAGCUGAAUAAUCAGUGUAACACAUGCUACAAAUAGCAUAUCUUACAGGUGAAUGCAAAGACUGUCUGUAGAUUCUCAGGUGAACAACACUUUUGUGUCUUAGGACACUCUUUAUUCAGAACUUCAGGGACUGUGGUUUUGAGGCUGUAUUGGCUGAUCUCUGCAGCCUGGAUAUUCUGUACAGGUCUGCCAAAACCAACACAUACAGCAGUAGUGUAGCUCUGACUUGUAUUGUAGUUAUUUACAACAUUGCCUAAGUGCCAGUUAAGCCCAUUAAGUGUGGAAAUCAGGGCAGACCCUUCAUGUUUAUCAUGUGGGAGGGCUUAUUCAGGACUUCCUGUUUGGCCCUGAGGAAGUUGUUGUCUUUAUCCACUCUACUCCCCUAACUUGUAGACACAGCAGGGCAUCAUAUUAAUGACCAAAACUGGGACUCAGUGGAGUCUUGAAUUACUUUUCUUUCUUUCAUGAGCAAUGAACUGUUUGGAUGACCUUGACGGUAAAUUGUUCUUGCUCAGAUUAUCCGGCCUAUCACUCUUAUGACUCCCAGAGGUAAUUUGGCAAAUGCUGCAAGUAGCUCAAUUUUUUUGUACCAUGAAUUUCACCUACAAAAGUCACCAGAGACAUAUCCACAUUCAAUAAUUAAGGGACAGCUACAGGGGCAAUGGGAGAGGGAGACUUAAGCACAACAGCAACUUUCCAAAGCCAUAGAUCCUAUAUUACGUACGAGCCUUCAGGUCCAAAGUAUUCAUCACAAAUAACAUGCAACUGUUGUUUGGCAAAGAACUCACCUUCAGCUUUUAAUUCAAUUAAGAGCAUUCUUAAAAGCAAACCUGAGCCAGGUGUUCCUUAGUUACGUAAAGGCAAAGAGGGCUGCAUUUUCUCACACGUUAAGUACAAAUCAUAAUGCUUACUGUCUUUCACACUAUUAAUGAAGUUGAAGUUUAUGUUCACAUAAAGGCAUAAAGACAGUCAAACAGGCCUGAGAAAUAUCAAAAGUAAAAUUGUUCAUGUGGUGUGCAUGCCACUCCAGAACAUUGCUAGAAGAAACCAGAAAUACUGUAUUAGUUAAUAGCAUUCAAAAUCACUUGAUGUCUUUAUUUUUAAAAUGUUACAUCCAUGUUGAAAAAGUCAUUCUAAGAAUUGUUGGUGUGUAUUAUCUAAGCAUAGUGAUUUCUAAAAUGAAAUCUCUAAGCCAGGUGAUCAAACUAAAAUGAGAGAGGCUUCUCGUCAACACUGGAAUUAAUGUAAUUGCAUGCAUUGUAUGAAAAACCGAGAUUGUAAAGAUCCUACUGUAAAAACACAUUGAGGCUUAUACAAAGAAAGGAUUGAUGCAUAUAAGGGCCUAGUAUAGCUCUGGUGUCUCACUUUAAUCUUCAAGUGUGAAAUUGAAUCUGUUUAAAUCUAUACAAGCCUACACUUUGCUUGGAAGCUGUAAGAACAUGUAUCACCAAUACUGUGCAACACAGGAAAGUAUGUAGUAGUUUAAAAAUGUAAAAUAUAUUGUCCUACAGUGUAAGAGUGAAUUUGAAAAGUCUUGAAAAUCAGUGAAGCUAAGAGAUAAAAGCAAAUGCAUGCAAAGGUUAUUUCCACUGUGGGCUAAUUAAAGACCAACUCAUGAACAGUAUAAUUUAUAAAUGCUUUUAUUUUCUUCCCUCGAAUACAGCAAUGUUACUGUACAUUUUGGUAACCCUUUCUCCUAAAGGUUAACGUUGUUUCCAUGUGUACUCUGAUCUAAGUUUGCAGAUAUCUAGGGCCACAUAUUCAAAGAGUAUUGAUUGGUUGAUGUGAAACCCUGACUAGAUGUUUCAAAAUAAUGUAUUUGCCAACCUGCAUAGACAAAUUGCAUAAAGGUAUGACAUGUUUGUUUAUCCAGAGUAUGGGGUUGGUGAAAUAACAAUACUGUAAGAAUAUGGUGAAAACUAAAUAUAAUCAGCCUUAAACAUGUGUUCUUCCGUAUUGAUGAAAUAAAGAAUUAUAAAGCACCGAA